GAGAACGAUGAAGUGCUUGUGUCUGGCUUCGGUCGAUCUGGUCACGCCGUCGGAGAUAUUCCCGGAGUUCGUUUCAAGAUUGUCAAGGUCGCCAACACCUCGCUUUCUGCCCUUUUCAAAGGAAAGAAGGAGAGACCACGUUCGUAAACGCUGUUCGUUAUUGUUGUUACGGUUUUCAUAAAG